CCAUCCGGACACUAUAGGAUCCUGUCCAGACGCAGUCCAGGAGCAGACGUCCAUUCAUUGGCUCAAGACUAGGAGAUACGGUGACUUGUGGAACAACAGCAGCAGCCAGGAUGAUCCCCGUGGGGGAAUUCAGAAACCUUGGCACAGAACAAAACUCAAAGUUUCGGGUCCUCAAACCCUGGUGGGAUGUCUUCUCAGAGUACCUGUGCCUUGUUAUGCUCAUGAUUGGAGUCUUUGGAUGCACCUUGCAGCUCACCCAAGACAAGAUUUCGUGCCUGCCCAGCCACUUCACCAGCACAACACCCGGGGCAAUAGACUGCAGCCACAUCCGCAACUACAGAGAGAACGAGACGUCCCACAGCCCUUCGGGCCAACCUGCGAGCCCCAUCAUUCGGGAGAUGUUUGGCCGCAAGAACAACCUGGACAUUCACCAAUACAUAUUUGUCAACAACUAUUGCUUCGAGACGUGUGUGCACUGGUUUGCAAAGUACUUUCCAUAUUUGGUUGUGAUCCACACUAUGAUCUUCAUGGUUGCCAGCAGCUUCUGGUUCAAAUUCCCAGGGACGUCUUCAAAAAUUGACCUAUUUGUCAACAUUCUGGGGAAGUGCUUUGACUCACCCUGGACAACGAGGGCCCUAAAUGAGGUCUCUGAGGAAAGAGGAGAGGAGAAGCUGUUCAGCUUGAGGAGGAACAACAUUUCAAAAGAUUAUGCAGAACAACAUGAAGAUGAGGAGGAGUCUGUGGGGCUACUUGCUCGCUCACCCUCUGUCAAGUCUAAUCCAGAUAAGAUAUGCACAGAGUCUUCUCUCUCUGUCUUGGACAAGAAGGAAGGAGAACAGGCCAAAGCUCUUUUUGAAAAGGUGAAGAAGUUUCGAACUCACGUGGAGGAGGGAGACAUCUUAUAUCACAUGUAUGUGCUGCAAACGUUGCUGAAAGUCUUCAAGUUUCUUGUUAUAAUUACAUACACUGCUCUGCUGGUGCCAAACAUUGAAGUAGUCGUGCGCUGCCAUGUUUCUCCUGAGCUGACUGGUUUUGACAUCUACUGCUGCAACCACAACAAAGCCAAUCUUUUCUCCAAGCUUGCCUACUGCUAUAUCUCUUUUGUGUGCUUGUAUGGACUUAUGUGCAUCUACACCCUCUACUGGCUGUUCCAUCGACCUCUAAAGGAGUAUUCCUUUGAGCAGGUCAGAUUUGAGACAGGUAUUAACGACAUACCAGACGUAAAGAACGAUUUUGCUUUCCUCCUCCACCUUGUGGACCAGUAUGAUCCUCUUUAUUCUAAACGGUUUGCCGUCUUUCUUUCUGAAGUCAGCGAGAGCCGUCUUCAUCACCUUAAUCUCAACUAUGAAUGGACAACCAAAAAGCUGCGCUCCCGUCUUGUAAAGAAUUCUAGUAACCGUCUGGAGCUCCCUCUCUUGAUGUUACCAGGGCUUCCUGACACAGUCUUUGAGGUUGAGGGAGUGGAAUCACUCAAACUGGAGCAAGUAAAAAAUGUCACCAUCCCAGCUAAUGUAGCAAAGCUGGACUCUCUACAGGAGUUGUCAUUAAUCUACAGCCCUGCAAAGCUACAACUGCCUGCCCUGAUCCACCUCCAGGAGCAUUUAAAGGUUCUGCGUUUGGCUUUUGAGAGUGUAGAGGAGAUCCCUCUGUGGAUGUAUACCCUUCAUAGUCUGAAGGAGUUACAAUUGACUGGCCCUUUAAUGAAUGAGAUGUCAAAAAGUGCAACUCUGGAAUCCCUGCGAGAGCUCAGAGCUUUGAGACUGCUCUCUCUCCGCUGCAGCCUUAGUAAGAUCCCGCCCUGUGUUGGAGAUCUGGCAUCUCAGUUGCAGCGCUUGUGUAUCCACAACGAAGGGGUCAAGCUCCAGGCUUUUAGCAGCCUGAAGAAGCUAACUAGUCUAGCUUCUUUGGAGUUAGUGGGCUGUGAACUGGAGCGAAUCCCAAGUGCUAUCUUCAGCUUGAACAAUCUCCAGGAGUUGGACCUGAGGGGUAACAAGCUCACCACGGUGGAAGAGAUCCUGAGCUUACAGCACUGUCGGCGUUUAGUGACGCUCCGACUGUGGCACAAUAAAAUCUCUUACAUCCCUGACCACAUCAGUAAACUGAACAUGCUGGAGACGCUGGAUCUUAGCUGGAACAAGCUGCGAAAGCUUCCCUCUCGGCUCUUCUACUGCACCAAGCUCAGGCACCUGGACAUCUCCCACAACCAGAUCACCUCUCUCCCUCCAGAAGUGAGCAUCCCACAGGGCCUUCAGUUCUUCUCCGCUGCUUUUAACUCCUUAGAGACACUACCAGAUGAGCUGUUCUCCUGUAAAAGACUAAAAAUUCUGAUUCUUGAUAACAACUGCCUGUCGUAUCUCAGCUCCAGAGUGGCCAACUUGGCCCAGCUGGUGCGACUGGACAUUAAGGGAAAUCGCCUAGAGUCUCUACCUCUGGAGAUAGGAGACUGUCCCCUACUGAGACAGAGUGGGUUUUCAGUGGAGGACAGCCUGUUUGAUCUGCUGCCAUCAGAUGUACAAAAGAAACUGACUUAAGACUAAGACUGUAGGACUAAGGAUGGACUCAUGUUUUAACAGGAGAGCUUUGGAGUUACAUGUGUUCUGUGAGUCUGAACAGAAGAUUAAUUCAAGCCUUCGGGUGGUUGAAUAAAAAAGAAUAGGUAAUAAUUAUGAAAAUGAAUCAUAAUCAAACCUAGUAUCAACCAAAAACCGAAAGAACUCAUCUACACUCAGUUAUUGGGAAAAUUUCUACUCAGGUUUUUGCCACUGAAAGAAAAGUAGUCCUGGAAAUACAUUUCUAAAAACAAUUUUAUUUUCAGAGCUGGGAGUUUUUAUGUGCUGGUAUUACUGGUGUUGGUCACACAUUGUUGAGAAGUAAAAUAAGAAAAAUUUAAGGUCAGGAAAAAAAUUCAAGGUUAGAUUAUCAUUAUGUGUGGGCAAAACAAGGACUCAGUAAUAUUAAAAUAUAAUAAAAUAAAAAUUGGAAAAAGGAACAAUCAAGUUUUGGCCUUAAGACUUUCUGGACGAGUAUUUUCCUGCAGCCUUUUGUUGUUUUUAUCUGGUAUUUGGUUUUUAUCUGUAUCCUAUUGAAUAGUUUUAUACAACAUAAACAGAAGUGUCCCACACUGUGUUGGCUCAUGUUGCUCCCGGUCAGACACCGAACAAAGGGAGAGAGAAAAAACCUUUCAGCAGCCAGAUAAAAUGUUCAUAUUUAUGCAUCCAGCCAAAUAGAGAAAAGAAUUUAAUCAAACGGGUUAUUAAGAAUAAGGUCAAACAUACAGUGAUUUUUAUUGUGUAUAAUUUGUUUGAUGAUAGAAAAUUUCCCUGAAAUUUAUAUUUUGUGUCUUUGGUUUAUUUUUGCUGCCUACUUUAGAAAAAUGUUGUAUUUCCUGAGAAAUAAUCUGAAAUAACGAUGCCACUUCAGACAAAAACUUAUGGGAUAUUAGAUUUUUACCAUAAAACUAUUGUGACACAUACAAAAAGUCGUGCUAGUGAUCAUAUGGAAAUAUCAAUAGAAAAGUUGAAAAAUAUAUAUUCUGGUUUGAAUCAUUUGCCCUUAUUUCUUUGUACAUUUUUAGUUUUCAGUUACACUCAAAAUAUGAGAUUAUUAGAAACUGAUGGUCGUACAAAACCCCACAAUUAUACAAGAUAAAAAAAACAAUAUUAUCAUAUCUGUAUUAUUAACACAGUAUCACUACUUAAAUAUCAGGAAUAUCAUCAAUACAGGUAUAUCAAAAUCUCACUACAAGACCUAUUUUUUCUAAUGUGACAUACCAAAAAUAAAUUUAGUACAUCUUCACAACUACAAGGACAGUAUGUGUAAUCUUGGUCUCAAAAGAAAAUGGAGACACUUGAGAUUACUGCAGAGGUGUCAGAAUCAAAAUAUGUGUUACUGUGUCAGAGUAAAUUCACCUGGAACACAGUAGAAAAUCUAAAAGAAAACCAUGCACCUUUCAGUGAAAACCAGAUAGCCCAAUUCAUCUGGAAUUAGUAAAGUAAUAACUGAUGAGGAACUGGGCAAAAGUAGAAGCUAAAAAAGUGACUUUAAAGAUGUUUUAAUAGAGGUGUUGUGCAGAUAAAUAUCUCAGGAAGCCAUCAGCCAAUGUUCAUUACUGACACCUCUGUCAAUCAUUAGACAGGAGACUCGAGGAGCUGCCCAUGGGAUCUACAUGGUGUAUCAUAGGAAGAAUGAAAGAGUGAAUACUUCACUAUAAAACUCCCUUCAUCCUCAUAGCAGAGUUUUUGUUUGGUUUUUUUAGGUGUAAUAAAAUGUUUGACCACAAAACAGCUAAAUUAAGACAUGAUUUAUGACUUUCUGUGCUACUUUUUGGCUGCUAGUUCACAGAGUUUUUGUCCCGCCGUCACGAGACAGACGUCUUUGUCAUCAACACAUUCUCUGCUUUCAUGUGACAAAUCAUGUGGUUUGCUUGAAGUGGAGAAAUUAGCAGAAGCUCUAAACUGUUCUCGUGUUUUUGUUACGUUCCCAUAUAAUUGCUUGGGGAUUAAACUGCGUUUUGUUCCUAUAGCAGUGCUUGGUAGUGUUUUAGCUGAGGGUCUCCCUGACAUUUUGGUAUGCUACAUGUUAGGAUUGCUGCUUCUGUACAUAGGGGCUCUAGUCAAGAAGAGGUUAAUAUAACAGAUUUUUAGCCAUAAUUAGAAGUCACUGUGGUUUAUUUAGAGUUUGUUUCAAAAAGCUUAUUAGUAAUUGUGAAAAAUAUUUGGAAUUUGGCAUCUAGGAUCCAAUUUGAUUACUUUAUGUUGAUGUUUUCUCAGUAUAUGGUUGGAAUGAUGAGAGAAUUUAUGGUCCUGGAUAUGAAUGAAUGCUGUGAUGAUUGAAGGGCUGGAAAAAUAAACAUAUGAAUAAAUAAAAACAAGAAAGCAUGCAACAUGCUGUGUAGCACAAGUUGCUGCUGCAGUGGUGGUUUACG